AGUUAGUAGCGGGGGGGCUCAAGACGACUGAGAUCGCUUCCCAAGUGCCAUGGGCUUUCGGCAUGGGCGGAGAUUCGGAUAGCGACCUGGAUCUUGAGAGACCCAACAAGGGGUCGAAGAAGCCAGAGGCUGCUCCGGUGAAAGAAGUGCAGAAGAAGGAAGAGACCAAGGUCAAGAAGAGGAAGGAGGAGCGGCCGAAAGCGGCCGCAGCGCGGGGCGCGGGCUCCUCGCCGGGCGCGGGCGCGGGCUCGGACAGCGACCUGAACGUCCAGCGAAAGCCGAAGAAGCGGCCCAAGGAAGAGAGCGAUGACUUGGCGCCCCCCCAGGCCCCGAGCGAAGACCAAGGACAAGGAAGAGAAGAAGGUGUCAAGGAAAGCGAAGCCGCAGGAUUUGGACUCGGAUGGCAGCGACCUUCAGCUAGAGAGGCCCAAGAAGGAGGCCAAAUCAGAGAAAGAUCAGAAGGUUCCGCCAAAGGCUCAGAAAAAGGAUGAUUCGGACAGUGAUGUCCCAAGAAGACCAGCCCCAGGAGGCUUCGACCGACUCGAACCAUCGAGAAGUCGAGAUCCCAAAGGCAAAGGGGAUGGCUUUGGCUUUGGGAAAGGGGAUGGCUUUGGGAAGGGCACAGGCAAGGGCAAAGGCAAAGGGAAGGAGGAGAAUGACCAGCCGAAGGAGCAGCCCAAUUUUGAGCCUUCAGGGCUCUUGGCCUUGGAGGACAACGCAAAGAACGGAAUCCCCUUGAAGUUCACUGUGCCCGCCGAAGCCCGCCGGCCUGCCACGAAAUGGCGCUUGUACGUCUUUUCGAAGCAGAACGGAGAGAAACCGAAGAUGAUCCACAUCUACAAGAACGUGGGCUAUCUCUUCGGCAAGGACCGGCGCAUCGUGGAUGUGCCCACGGACCACCCCACAUGUAGCAAGCAGCAUGCCGUGCUGCAUUACCGACAGACCUCUACUGGACUUGUGAAGCCUUACAUUAUGGAUCUGGAAAGUGUGAAUGGGACCUUCGUCAAUGGCUCGCGCAUUGACGCCGCAAGGUACGUGGAGCUUCGGGAGAAGGAUGUCCUGAAGUUUGGUAUGAGCUCUCGGGAGUUCGUGUUGCUGCAUGGCGGCUCCGCCAACCACGUGGCCAUUGACGCCAAGGACCUGAAAUCCGAUUCUGAAUGAGGACGGAGUGGAGUCGGAGUCCUGGACCCACCACUCCAUCAGUAGAGGCAUGAGAACGGCCGUGACCGGUGGAUGUUUCACAUGUCUGGGGCAGAA